UUAUAAAAACACCUAAACAUACACACACAGAACAUAACCUCAACUUAAAGCCGAAAAAUGUCAGUGUCAAUUAAGGUUUCAUUUCUUCUUCUAUUUGCUUUUAUAAACUUUUCACGAAGCCAGUUACCUUUUGAUUUUUCAAAAAAGGGUCACACAAAUAAUUGGGCGGUGUUAGUUGAUACAAGUCGGUUUUGGUUUAAUUACAGACAUGUCGCAAAUGUUUUAUCAAUUUAUAGAAGCGUUAAAAGGUUGGGUAUACCCGACAGUCAAAUUAUAUUGAUGAUUGCUGAUGAUAUGGCUUGCAACCCAAGAAACCCGAGACCAGCGACUGUGUUCAACAAUGCUAACCAGCAUAUUAAUGUUUAUGGGGAUGAUGUUGAAGUAGAUUAUAGAGGAUAUGAGGUAACUGUUGAGAAUUUUGUUCGUCUACUCACUGGUAGACUGCCACCAGGGACCCCUCGUUCCAAACAACUGUUAACUGAUGAAGGCAGUAAUGUUUUGGUAUAUUUAACUGGCCACGGAGGUGAUGGAUUCCUAAAAUUCCAAGAUUCUGAAGAAAUAACCAGCCAAGAAAUGGCCGAUGCUUUGGAACAAAUGUGGCAAAAACAAAGGUAUCAUGAAACAUUUUUUAUGAUCGAUACUUGCCAGGCUGCCUCUAUGUAUGAAAGAUUUUAUUCUCCUAAUAUUUUGGCUGUUGGUAGUAGUUUAAUUGGAGAAGAUUCAUUAUCUCACCAUGUUGAUCCUGCUAUUGGAGUUUAUAUUAUUGAUAGGUAUACAUACUAUGCUUUGGACUUUUUGGAAAGUGUAGAUCCACAAAGUAAUAAGUCCAUGGGAGAAUUUCUCAAAGUUUGUCCAAAAUCCGUUUGCAUUUCAACAGUUGGAGUAAGAAAAGAUUUAUUCAGAAGAAACCCAGAUCAUGUACCAAUAACAGACUUCUUUGGAUCUGUAAGGCCAGUGGAAUUAAUUACUGAAAUUCCAAAAUUGUUACCCAAACCAAAUAUUGCUAAACCAAAAAAUAUAACCAUUGAAAAACCAAAGAAAUACAGAUAUAUACCACAGCUAGUCAAUUUUGAUUCCUUUAAGGAAAAGUAGU